AGUUUGUGCGCUGUUUGACAUUUCAUUCGCUUUUUGUCCGACUGUCUUGGGUGAUAUGUUGCCUGCCAGUAUUUGAAGCUAAUUUAUGGUUACUUGGUGAUGUUAAUUGAUAAAUAUUAUUUUAUAAUAUUCAUGGGCAGGCUGUUUAUCUCUCUAGUUGUAACGGCGUAAUGCUGUCACUAUAUUUCCAAAACUUUUUAAAUGGCUUGGCUAUGUUAGGGGUCCAUUGUGGUGUGUUGCCAAGUUGCAGCCUUGGUAUUCACCUCCUAUUCAACCAUAAGCUGUAUUUAAGCAGGUUUGUUUUCCAGCAACCCUUUGAAUAGCCUAAUAAGCACUUUAGAAAUUCAUUGUCGGCUACUUUCUUGCUUUGUUGUUGGAGAAUAUAGACUAUAUUUUUUUCAUUGCGACCCCUCCCCUUUCCCCUUAACGGAUGGUGUCCGUCCUUGGAUUUUUUAGAGGAUGUGAUAUUAACAGGCACAAAUUGGGAUACUGCCGUUAUUGCACGGAAUAGAUGAUGUGCGUGUCACGCUGUCGCCUGCAAGCGAAAUAUCGGCAUUGAAUAAAUAAUUAUCUACGGCACUCCACCCUUGCUGUGUAUCCCUAGAGGGUGGGAACCCAGUGAUACGCGGCUGAGCUCAUGCUGCCGCUGCCCUUGUUUUUUUUCCUGUUCGCCUUCUUGAAAACGUCUGCCAGGGUGAGCCUGUGGGAGAGGGCACAGCCAAUUCCAGCACCAGUCUCAACAUCGUUCUGCCUGUACCCAUGUAAGGAGCUGGGCGAAAGGUUCAGGAUGCUGGAGGUGAACGUGACCUUUCUGACCGAGUCGGAGCGGGAGCUCAUCCUGGAAGUGCUGAGGAGAGACGAGGAGCUCAGACGGGCUGAGGAGCUGAGGGUCAGGAAGUUGAAGCUGGAGGUGCUAGACAUGAAGCGGAAGGGCGCCAAGCGCGGCAGCGGGCGGUACAGCGAGCGCAGUUGUGGUCGGUGUCAGGAGCCCCUGGGCCGAAUCCUUGGCACGUCCAGCCAGUGCCGGGUGUGCAAACACCACGUUUGCCGGAACUGCCGCCUGGUGCAACCCGACGGGGCCUUGGUGUGCACUGUGUGCGCCAAAGAAGUUGAUCUAAAGAAGUGCUCCGGAGACUGGUUCUUCGACCAGAGGGUGAACCGGUUCUCGACAGCUCCAGGGCAUGAUAUUGUCCGAGCCUCGCUCAAGAAGCGUCCGCCCAUGAAGAAGCGAGAGACUGUGGGGGACCUGCUUUUGAACAGUACAGAGUUAAAGGCCAGCCCAGCUGUUGCAGCUGUUCCGGUCCCACGACCCAGAAAGAAGGACCAUGCACCCUCCGACAAAGAGCAGCUGCCAGACGUGCCGGAGCUGCCCGAGGCGCGGGAGCCGCAGCGGAGCGACACCGAGUCGGCCACCGAGUCGGCCGACAAGUCCAGCCUGUGCAGCAGCCGCACCGACACCGAGUCGUCCCACAGCACGCCGGGCCUUCCCCGGAAACCUCCCAGGUCUCCUCAGCACAGCCCUGCAGGCUCCACAGUGUCCAGCCUCGCUGGCCCGGCCAAAUCCAGCAAGCCCCCCAGUCCCAUACCCGAACCGGAGACCGCCUCCAUGAGAUACAGGCUCAAUCCGCGCUCAGAAGUGGCGGACCCAGAGGUUGAUCGGCUGUUCAAGAAAAGCGUCAGGCGGGUGCACAAAAUCUCAGACUGUCGGCCGAUAUCGACUAUCGACCUGCGUGAAGAUGCCGUCAGCGUCAGCACCACAGACGGCUCGAUGGGUGACCGGAGCAAGUCUGUACCCGGCCUGAACGUAACCGACGAUGAAGAAGAUGAGGACAUUGAUAACCUGGUGGACAUACACAGAAGGAAAAUGGGUGAUAGUGCCUCAAGUCUCCGCAGUUCUCAAAGCAGCACACUGGGCAGCAUGAUGAGCGUGUACAGUGAGGCGGGAGACUACGACUGCGUGGAUGUGACCGGAGACAUCCUCUUCUCCGUCGGCUUCCAGGAGCGCAGCCAGACGCUGUCCGUCCUGGUGAAGGAAUGCCGGGGGCUGGCCUACGCCGACGCGGCGAAACAGCGCUGCAAUCCGUAUGUGAAGUGCUACCUCCUGCCAGACAAGUCUCGCCAGGGCAAGAAGAAGACGGCCACCAAGCGCAACAGCGUCAACCCCAUCUACAACGAGACCCUGAAGUACUCCAUAAGCCGUUCUCAGGUCACCACCCGCACGCUGCAGCUCUCCGUCUGGCACUAUGACCGCUUUGGCCGCAACGCCUUCCUGGGAGAGGUGGAGGUCCCGCUGGACUGUCACGACAUCGAUUCUGGCCACGAGCAGUGUGUGGCCCUUAGGGGAAGGGUGCCUUCCUCUCUCCAGCAGACCCCAUUCUCACAGUACAAAGGGGAGUUGGUGAUCUCCCUGAAGUACGUCACAGCCAAAAACACAUCGACAGAUAAGUCUAAAGCAGGAAAGAAGGGGAAAGCUGAAGGAGAGACAGAGCUGCAUGUCCUGAUCAAAGAAGCCAAGAAUCUAACCGCCAUGAAGGCAGGGGGCACCUCAGACUCCUUUGUGAAAGGUUACCUGCUGCCGUCCAAAAGCAAGUCCACGAAGAGGAAGACUCCGGUGGUGAAGAAGACGCUGAGCCCGCACUACAACCACACGUUCAUCUACAAGGACUUUAACGUGGAGCAGCUGAUGGCCAUGUGUCUGGAGCUGACCGUGUGGGACCGCGAGGCACUGUCCAGCAACGACUUCCUGGGCGGCGUGCGUCUGAGCACAGGGACAGUUACGCUGCAGUCCGGUCAUGAGGAGUGGCUGGCGGAGUCGUCCCCGGAGGAGGUGAGCCUGUGGCAGCGCGUCAUGCAGUACCCCGACUCGUGGGCAGAGGGCACUCUUCCCCUGCGCGCCUCCAUGGGGAAGAGCAAAUGAGGACAGCCGUCCCCACCGUGAGGCUCAGGACGAGGCGACAGCCGGCCGCUGUGCCGGGCCUCUUACGAAACUCCCCUCUCGCUCCGCCAGCUCCGUCAACAAAGGUGUCGCGUACGAGAGCUGGGAUUACGAUUCGUAACGCUGAGUUCUACAAUGCCAAAGCAGAAUGUUUUAUAGGAAACAUAUACAUCAUACAUUUAUGAAGUAUAUACAUAUUUAUAUUUCUGUUAAAGGGAUUGUUAUGUAGUUGCAAAUUUUAUGUUGAGCUGUGUCUUUUAACUUCAGGUUGGAUGAAGAGUUAGAUUACAUUUGUACUGUGUAUGUCAUUGUCAUCAUAAUGUUACACUGUGGUCAAGGCACACCUUGAUUGACUGCAAAAGGGGUUGAACUCCACACACAAAGAACACAAAAUGACACAAAAAUAUCAGUUCUCAUCAUGUUUUAUUUGUAUGUUUGUUUAUUUUUUUAUUGUUAUUUGAGCACGUUAACAGUUACUUAAUGUAAAUGUGUCCUCCUAUCGUUACACAUUCCUCUUCAGUGACAAACUGUCCUAAGACUCCAAACUGUUCAAACAUAAAUUUUAUAUUCUCUGCUCUGUCCUUUUAAAUGCACUUUUUAAAUACAUCAGAUAAAGUCAUCCACCUCAAAAGUAAUAUAAUAAACUUUCAACAGUC